AUGGCUGGUCAAACUGAAUUCACAAGUCCACAAGUAUCUGCUUAUUUAUUAGGGAUUACCGAUCACUAUACACCAACCAAAUUCUCCUAUAUUCAUUUACAGACUUUUGAGCACUACCUUGUAAAAGAAUGUGACCAAGAACUAUUAGACGAAUCAGUAUUAAUAUCAUCUUUUAAUAAUAAAUUAACUGCAGCAAACCUCCACGUUGAUUACCAAUUUAGAAAUACUGCACUAAAAAAUAUGUGCCUUUAUGAUUAUGCAAAAGGAAAUGGACGUGUUGAUAGGUUUCUCUUCCAUGGCACUAAAAAUAACAAUUCCCAAAUUCAGCUACAUAACAACUCACAUCCUCAAUUUGAAACCCAUAUCCAAACCCAUAGAUCACGUGGAACAGAAAGAGUAGUUGUAUUAUCUGGCAAGGGAAUACCUAAAAAAAAAGAUAUUACUAAUUCAGAACGAUAUGAUCUAUCUUGCCAAGAAUUUCUUAAUAGUUCUACAUUAUUAUCACGAUUAAAAUCAAUCAUUAAUAAUAUUGAAUUAUUACAUCGUUGUUCUGAAGAAUCGACUUUAGUUCGUGAAUUAAAACGAAAUAGCCCUAUACUUGCAAAAGUUCAACAUACUAAUAGAUUUAUAGAAAAUUUUGAUUCUGAUGAUGAAUUUAUUUUAAUGAAUAAUGAAACCAAACAUAUAUUUAAUUUUGAUAAUGAACAUGAAAUCAAAUUGGACUCCAUAUCAAUUGUCAGAUCAGGAUUGAAAGACAUCACCGCCGUAGAUACAGCCAUGAGAUAUUUGCAUAUUCAAGGCAAAUUUGAUAUAUAUAAAUUUCAGAAUGAAGCAUUUAUGAAUAUCUCAUUAUCUGAAAGCGAAAUUAGAAUAAGCAAUAAUUAUGAUGACAAACUCCUCAAAAUAUGGCAAACAACAAUUUCUUCUAGAAAAUCAAUUUUUCAAGAUAAUAGUAUAAACUAUAUUAAACUACCAAAUACAUAUAUAUUGCCUCACAACAAUAACCUUCCUAUAAAUAAUGAAUUAUUCAUACAAAAUAGAAAUACAGAUUGUCUAGAAAAAUUUUCAAUAGGACUGAAUAAAGAACAAAAGAAAGCCUAUUUUCUCAUGUGUGAUCAUUGUCAAAGAAAUCAACCAAACGUUAUCAAUAAACCAUCUCAAUUACUACUAUACAUUACAGCCGCAGGAGGUACAGGAAAAACUAAAGUCGUUCAAUCAGUUAUUUCUUAUUUUGAAUAUACCUUUCAACAUUAUAAGAUCAUCGUUCUUGCCCCCACAGGAAUUGCUGCAGCUAUUAUCUCAGGUUAUACUAUCCAUUCCACCUGUGGUUUUGAUUUCGAAGAUUAUUGUAAAAAUGAUGCUACUGCAACUGGAGACACAUUAAGAAAAUUACAAGAAUUCUGGAAAAAUAUAGAAUAUGUCAUUAUUGAUGAAAUUUCUAUGAUAGGAAAAUCCCUAUUGGCACGAUUUCAUACCUUUUUAAAAGUUGCAAAAGCAACAGACACAUCAGCUCCAUUUGCAGGAUUAAAUAUUCUUUUCUCUGGAGACUUUAUGCAAUUACCUCCUGUUAUCGACCCUGCAUUAUAUGUUCCCAAUAAAAUUACCUUUCUGGACUCACUAGAUAAUUUACAAUUAUUUGAAACUAAUGAAAUUCAAUUUAACAAAAUAAAUGUAAAAGAUAAUGCAACAUAUCUAGUUACAAGAAAUGACCUUCGCGUCCAAAUAAAUUUUGAUGCUACAAGAGAAAAUGCCCAAAAGCACAAUAAAUUGCUCAUCUACUCGUGUGCUGAAGAUAGUUAUCGUCAUCGAUUGUUACAUGGAAGCUCACAAAAAAAAUUUUUGUCAGUAUCUGAUACAAAAGAAAAUGCGCUUUAUGGAAUUCUACCUCUUUUUAUUGGUCGAACUUAUGAAAAAGCAAUAAUUGACUUAUCAAACAAUAAUGCUUAUAAUAGCAUAUACGUAAUGCUCUCUAAAAUAUGCAAAUUAAAUGACUUAUUAAUUUUACAUCCAUUUGAUGAAUCUCUGUUAGACAUAAAAAUACCACCUGCACUUGAUUCAGAAAUCAAACGUCUAGAAAAAUGCGCAGAACACACAAAAAAGCUAAAAAUAUGGCCAGAUGAAUGCUAUAAUGAAAAUGACAUUUGCUAA